UAGGCCCAGCCAGUCAUAUUGCAAGGCAAGGCUCUCGACCCAACACAAGACAGACUAGGCUAGGCCCAACACAAGACCCCACCCAUUCUUCUCUAUCUCCCUCGAGACGCGGCUGCCGGCGGCGGCCGCACUCGCCGGAUUCGCCGGCGCCGCCGCAGAAAACCCGAGAUAGCUUGCCUGUCUCGUCCCACGCAUUCUCCCUCCGCCCCACGCGCACGCUCUCUCCGCUCUCGCAGACUCCCAGGAGCCCCCCCCUCCCCUCUCUGUCCUUCAGGCGAGCAAAGGGAGAGGAGGGGGGCGGCCAUGUCGUCCCGCCGCAGCGGCGGCAGCGCACUGGUACGCGAUGGGGCCUCCGGCUUGAAGCGCAAGAAGAAGAAGAAGCAAGGUGGUACGAAGCGUUCAGCCACCAAUCCCGAGGAUGCCCACCAAGCGUUCGACAGAUUGCUUCAGAGAAGCGGCCGCAAUUCCACCUACCGCCUCAACCGCGUCCUCUCCGACGUCGCGCCCCACAGCCCCGCCGUCGCCAUCUCCCUCUUCAACCGCAUGCCCCGAGCCAACGCCAACUUAUGGACCUACGGCAUCGUCAUCGGUUGCUGCCGCCGCGUCGGCCGCUUGGACCUUGCUUUCGCCACCUUCGCCCGUCUCAUCACGACGGGACUGAGGAUGUGCCCGAUCCUCUUCAGUCCUCUUCUCAAGGGUCUCUGUGACCGCAAGAGGACGAGCGAGGCAAUGGACAUUGCGCUGCGACGGAUGCCCGAGCUAGGUUGCAAGCCAGAUGUCUUCUCCUACACCAUCCUUCUCAAGGGUCUCUGCCAUGAAAGAAACAGUCAACAAGCUCUCGACCUGCUCCAUAUCAUGGCUGAUCGUAGAGGAAGCUGCCCACCCGACGUGGUGUCGUAUACCACUGUCAUCAAUGGCUUGCUCAGAGAGGGUCAGCUGGACAAAGCUUAUUGCCUACUUGAUACAAUGCUGGAUCGGGGGACGUCUCCAGAUGUUAUGACUUACAGCUCGAUUAUCGCUGCCCUAUCAAAGGCUCGAGCAAUGGACAAGGCCACAGAGGUCUUUACUAGGAUGAUCAAGAACGGUGUUAUGCCUGAUUGCAUCACGUAUACUAGUCUUGUGCAUGGAUAUUGCUCUUCAGGAAAGCCAAUGGAGGCUAUUGGGAUUUUCAAAAAGAUGUGCGGAGCUGGUGUUGAACCAGAUGUUGUUACAUAUACCUCGUUAAUGGAUUAUCUCUGCAAGAAUGGGAAAUCCUCAGAAGGUAGAAAGAUUUUCGAUUCUUUAGUCAAGAGGGGACACAAGCCUGAUAGUACUACCUAUGGUACUCUGCUUCAUGGUUAUGCUACUGAAGGAGCUCUUGUUGAGAUACAUGAUCUUUUGGAUUCGAUGAUACAGAAAGGUAUGCAACCUAAUCAUCACAUCGUUAACAUGAUAAUAGGCACAUAUGGUAAAUAUGAAAAAGUAGAUGAGGCCUUGCUUGUAUUCAGCAAAAUGAGGCAGCAAGGAUUGAAGCCUGAUAUAGUAAACUAUGGAACAGUAAUAGACAUACUUUGUACGGUAGGCAGAAUGGAUGAUGCUAUGUCCGAAUUUGAUAGGCUCAAAUCUGAAGGACUAGCACCUAACAUUGUUGUUUUUACCACCCUAAUUCAUGGCCUGUGUACCUGUGCUAAAUGGGACAAGGUUGAGGAGCUAGCUUUUGAAAUGAUCGAUCGUGGCAUCUGCCUGGACACAGUUUUCUUCAAUGCAAUAAUGGACAGCCUAUGCAAAAAAGGAAAGGUUAUAGAAGCCAAAAACUUAUUUGACUUGAUGGUGCACAUAGGUAUUGAGCCUAAUGUCAUUACAUACAAUACACUCAUCAAUGGAUAUUGCUUAGAUGGUAAGAUGGAUGAAGCAAUGAAACUAUUUGAAGGAUAGAGGAUGGGUUAACUCUUUUGAGAGAGAUGGCGAGCAAGGGUGUGAAUCCUGGCAUUGUUACAUAUGACAUGAUGCUGCAAGGG